AUGUUCAUCCCUUUUGUCUUCGUUAUUUUGUUUUUCCUUUACAGAUUAUUUAUCGAACACAAAAGAAGCUCAAUUCAGCCAUACUUAGACCAAUUAGACACAUUCAAAGACAACUAUACAGUUCACGCUAUUAGUACAUCAUUAGAAUCAUUGACAACAGAAAGACAACUAAGAUUACUAAUUUAUGAAGGAAUUACAGCAGGAAAUCAGAUCAUUACAUCAAAAUCAUUCGUUCAGUUUUGCUUGGAAAGGUUUCCAAGAAGCCAAUGGAUGGCUUCCUAUAUAAGUUUUCUUUGUUUAUUAUAUUGGGAGACAAACACAAUUAUUUAUCAGUUCAUGCUUCAUACAUUAAGCUUAGAUUACUUUGGAAUGAGGAAUCUUCACCUUUUUCAAGCAAUUUUUUGUUUAAUGCAGACAUCAGAAAAUUUAUCACCAGUAAUAGCUAGAGAACUUGAUGAAUAUCGAUGUGAAGUUGCGGAAUUUGCAUCAUUACAUCGUUUGUUCUGGAAAUCAGUUCGAAAUGGAAACGAAUUAAGUUUUCAUGAUUCAUUUUUCGCUUUGCAUCGGAAAAUAAAUAGUUUAGCGCGACAUGUAAAGAUAUUGUCAAUGAAAUAUCCAUAUUGCUCAUCAAUACAGAGUGAAAACGCCUUAUUUUUCGCAGAUAUCAAACAUAAUUAUUCAAAAUCCUCAGAAUUUUACUCCCGAGCCGCUAAAUUUUUGAAUUCAAAACGAUCAUUUAUUUUCGAUGAAAUGACUUCAAAUUUUUCUCAAUUAUUUCUAAUUCCGAAACAAGAACCAGAUAAGACACGCAACGAAGAUGACGCUAAAGCAAUUGAUGAAUUAAGGUUUAUAUCAAAUCUCGAAUAUCAUGAGCGUGCAUUGAGAUAUAUGACUGUUGUAUCAUCGAAUGACAAAUAUCUUCAAGCAUUAUCUCAUACAUUCAGCGUUCCUACGAACCAACAACCCGUAGAUAUCGUAUUUGACAAAUAUCGAACGAUUAUAAUCAAGAUAACCUUCUAUUUACCGAUUGUUUUCUUUAUAAUUUUCGGUCUGAUCAUAAUUCACUUUAAUAUCGUGAACGAUUCCGAUGCAGAAGAUUAUAAAGAAAGUACUUUGAUUUUAGAAAGCAUGAACCUUUUCAGGAACCAGAUAUACUUCAUCAGACAAGAUGCCAGAUUGCUUGCCAACAUUCUGCUUGAUAAUUUCAAUGAAAUUGUCAACAAAUCAAUUUAUUACAAUAUUUCUGAUAGUACAUGGUAUGAUACAAUGACCAUUCUAUACUUCCUAUCAAUGGAACAUACGAGUGCUAUCGAGGCCUUGUUCAAUGAACAGUUUUAUAUCUUUUCAACAAGAAAAGUUCAUCAAAAUGUCAAUUUUUCGAUUCCUGGCUGUGAUUCAACGAAUUGCUCAUUAGCUUAUUUGUAUUCUGAUAUGCAUAAUAGUAUUAAGUACAUGCUGAACCCUAAGGACCCUUAUAGACUCACGAAUACGACUUUGAUUCAAAGAUUAGAUGAUUUUAGUGAAAAACUCAUGAAUUUGACCGACAGUACACAUGAACAGCUUGUACAUAGUCAUUAUAAUUGGAUACAGGAUACGAUUCAUAGAAAUAAGACUGUUUAUUGGCAUCUUUUAUUAGCAAUUCUGAUUUUGUCAUCGAUAACAUUACUCGUUUACGUAAUAAGUACCUUGACUCUUAAGAAACAUGUUUAUGCCGUAAUUAAGACGAUUCAGCCUGCAAUGUUAAAAUCUAUUUCAUCUCAAUUCGAUAAACUGAUAUCUCUUGAACAGAAACAGACACAAACUAUUCAAGAUCAUACGUUCAUCAAAGGAAUCUUGUUUUUCAUCGCUUCUUUUGCUAUUUUGUUUGUUUAUACAGUUUUGAUGUUAUUAGCUCAAAGAUACUACAAGAAUAAUAUCCAGCCAAGGAUGACAUACCUAUAUCCAUUCCCAGAACCUAAUGAUUUUUCAGAAUUUAUUAUUUUCAUGGUCGGAAUUUUGGAAGGAACGGCCAGAUGGGGUAUAGAUCUUGAUGUCAUUAGUAAGGGAACACGUCUUUUACUAGAAAUGUCCCUUAUGACACCAGUUAGCUGCAUAUAUCAUCUUUAUUUCAAAACUUGCUAUAAUUGUUAUGCGAAAACUUUUUAUUAUGAGAAAUUUGACUCCAGGAGCCUCUGGUGGCUUUCUUAUAUUACACUUUUUCUCUCAUUAUUAUGUUUAAUUGGUUUUCUCUACUAUACUUACCAGAUUAUCUAUUUGGGACGGACUGUUGAAGACAUAAUGAAGUUCGUUCCAACAUCUGCGCGCAAAUCUAACCCUGUUCUUCAAAAAUUUAUGGCAGGAGAUCAAAUUCCGAUAAAAGAGAUCUCAGAUUUUGCCAGGGACAUUGGGAUAGCACCAGAAAUGCCAGAAUUCUUUGCUGUUCUGUAUUUAGAUCCAUUGGAAAACGUAAUACAGACAAAAGGCCAAAUUUCCUCAUUUCUUCCAUUCAUUCCCAACAAUUUAGGGGAAGUCCAAGAAUAUUUAAUCCGAAAUUCGACGGACAGCGGCCUUUCCAUUUCUAAUUUCUUCAAAUUAAAGUCCCCACUAGAAUCCAGGAGUUUAUCAAUCAACGGACGCGAAUUCUCAUUCUCCUUUUCCAGGAAAGGCUCCAUUCUCCUCAUAAAAGAUGAUUCCCACCAUCAUCUAUCGAAUGACAGAACGAGAAUGAUCGAAAGAUUACAUUCAACAGUGAAAGAAAGGAAAGAUCGAAGGAAAGGAAUGAAUCUGGGCCAAACAGUGCUUCUCAUUAUAGAAAGCAAAGGGAAAACAACACAUAGCAAUAUAGUAAAGAUGUUGGAACCAGUUACACAAGUCGUUGACACAAGAUUUAGAAGAAUUGUUUGUUUUUCUAAUUUAGAAAAAGUGACAGAUAUCGUAAAAGUGACAACUGAAAUUUUCAAUAAUUAUGGCAACGAGAUAAGAGGAGUUUUACACUGUGGAAACAGUUUGUCUGUGUUACAAAGUGCUGUUUCCAUUGAGAAACCGAGAGUUUUUGGACAAGCUUAUGAUGAAGGAAGAAUGAUGCUUUCCAAAGCAAAAAUAGGAGAAUUAGUACAAUCUGACCAGUUUUUGGCACUUCUUAUUUAG